GAGGGAAAGAAUAAUUAGAGUCACUUUCUUCUAUUGUUACUUUAAUAACACCACACCGGUUGAGCCUGAAUCUCCUUCAUUCUGACGUGGUCGGGAUUUGGCAGGGUUAUCCAUCUUUCUUCGCUGCAUUAUCGGGUCUUUAAAUCCCAAUUCCAUGCUAACCGAGUCCUCUCUCUCUAAAUCUAUUUUUAGAAAUCCCUCUCUCACUCUCUCUCUCUCUCUCUCUCUCUUCAUUCUUCACUGCUAUAUCCACAUCCACAUCUAUAUCUAUAUUGAUUUGAUUCACCCAUUCCGAGCUCCUCAAAGAUCUAACAUUUCCCAGGAGAAUUACUUUGAAACUGGAAGCUGUUAUAAUUAUCUUUAGGCAUUAAAUUAAUCGACUUUCCUCUUUGGGUUUGCCAUUGCAAGUGGUUACGCAUCGCGACAAGAUGGAAGUUACAGGGGGCUAAACUUGGCAAAUUCCAUGGCCUUGGCCGGCAAUUGGGCAAUGUACCGGGUGGGAAACAAUUCAAGGGAAGUAGUAGGAAGAACAGCCAAAAACAACCAAUCUAGUAAUCUAACGACUGGCAUGGGAAUUGAGUCUAGUCGGACAAAACAUAGAAAAUCAUCUGCAUUUACAGCUGAAGUGAUCCGUUGUGCAACGAACUUCAUGGCUUGGUCGUUGAAAAUCCCUUUAUCAGAAGGAUAUCAUGAAGAAUUUCUUUAGUAGAAUGCUUGCUGUUUUGCUUUCUUUGUUUUAGGGGAAUUUUCAAUCAACCAUGACAGUUGUGUUAGUCUCACAGCAUGUGUGUGACUAUACAAUCUAGAAAAUGCCUGGUCUUGUUUGCGGAAAUAAGAGACUUUUGAAAUCAAAUAUGCAUUUCAUCGAUUCAUUCCAACAAGAUACGGGAACUCAUUCAAAAAGCAAUUCACUGUUAACUUUUAAGACGGCUGAUGAAUUUCACGGCCCCAUCUUACCUGGUCUGCCGGAUGACGUAGCAAAGUAUUGCCUGGCUCUAGUUCCGCGUCCCGACUUCCCAGCUAUGGGUGGUGUCUGCAGGCGGUGGAGGUCAUUUAUGCAAAGCAAAGAAUUCAUUACCGUCCGGAAAUUAGCUGGCAUGCUUGAGGAGUGGCUCUAUGUCCUCAUUGUGGAUGGUGAAGGGGAAGGGAGCCACUGGGAGGUUUUGGAUUGUCUGGGACAAAAACACAGAGUCCUCCCAUCAAUGCCUGGUCCUGUCAAGCUUGGUUUUGGGGUGGCAGUUCUCCAUGGAAAGCUUCUGGUAAUGGCUGGCUACUCUGUGGUAGAUGGAACUGGGGUUUCCUCGGGGGAUGUUUACCAAUAUGAUUCUUGCCUCAACAGGUGGAGCAAGCUAGCAAACAUGAAUGUGGCUCGCUAUGAUUUUGCUUGUGCAGAAGUCAAUGGAAUGGUUUAUGCAGUUGGCGGCUAUGGGAUGGAUGGCGAAUCUCUCUCCAGUGCUGAGGUGUACAACCCUGAUGACAACAAGUGGACCUUAAUUGAGUCUCUUCGCCGACCAAGGUGGGGCUGCUUUGCCUGUGGAUUUGAGGGCAAGCUCUAUGUUAUGGGUGGAAGGUCGAGCUUCACAAUCGGAAACUCAAAGUUUGUCGAUGUGUACAACCCAGAGAUGCAUGCUUGGGGUGAGAUGAAAAACGGGUGUGUCAUGGUCACUGCACAUGCUGUGCUUGGAAAGAAGCUAUUUUGUAUGGAGUGGAAAAAUCAAAGGAAACUGACAAUUUUCAACCCGGAGGACAAUACUUGGAAGAUGGUGGCUGUACCUGUUACUGGGAGCUCGAGAAUUGGGUUCCAAUUUGGGAUUCUGGGUGAAAAGCUCUUGUUGUUUUCGCUUGAGGUGGGCCCCGGUUGCCUCACCCUGUUGUAUGACCCUAAUGCAGCGCCAGGUUCUGAGUGGCAGACUUCUCAGAUAAAGCCUUCUGGUUUGUGCUUGUGCAGUGUCACAAUCAAGGCAUAGAUUGUGUAUCUGUGUUGAACUCUUAUGAUUUUGGAAUGUUUCUGUUACUUUGAUGGGACCUUGUUUGGAAUACGUUUCUCAUUGAUUAUCAGUGGUCUGUUCUGCUGAUUAACAUAAGCUUUUGAGUUUGUUUGCGUGACUUGUAUUGAUGGUUUUUUAUUAUUAUUAUGGGAAUGUUGAUUUAGUUGGCUUU